AUCAUCAUUUUAUAAACCAAACAGACCGUUGGGACUCUUAAAACAACACAACUCAAACAAGUGAGCUUCAGUUGAGUUACAAGAGCUUCUCUGCAUUUCAAAUGGCGGCUGAAGAUUUGAUGUUCAGUGAAGAUGAGAUGAGAGUUGAUCAAGGCCUUGGCUACCCAAUUGCUUACUCUAAGCUCUGUAAAGAUCGAAGCUUUUGGUCUUACACUCAUGGCCCUCCUUUCACUUUCACUCCCCACUCUCUCUCACACCAUCAGGUGUUGAGAUUGAAGGAUCUGGAUGAGAUGUUCCCUAUUAUUGACUCGAAAGCAAAGCCGACGACAAAGCCCAGUAUUUUUGCCAGUCUGUUAUGGAAACAACUCAACCACCUUGGGAAUGCUGGCUUUGAUCCAGCAACUUUUAGAGUGGAUCAAUAUGGCAAUGUGCUGUAUUAUCAUGCUGAUCCAGCUUCACCACUUGCUUGGAGUAUUGAUCACUGGUUUCCUUGCUCAAGGGGUGGAUUGACAGUACCAAGCAAUCUAAAGAUAUUACAGUGGCAAGUGUGCAAGAAGAAACAUAACAACCUGGAAUUUCUUAUACCUUGGUGGGAUCUCCAAGUGGGCAUUUCUAUAAACCAGUUCUUGUCCGUCUUUGCUUCGUCAAACUCGGACUUCAGGUACAGGUCAUUCUCUUUGUUUUUCUUGAAUGGUGAAUGCGAAGAACUGAAUGACUCGCAGACUGUGGACUCCCACAUUUUCCCACAGCAUUUUAUAGAGUCAAAAGAACAAGUAGGUCUUGCUCCUGCUGCUGUUGUUCUAUCUAGAAGGGAAUCUUAUGAUACUUUGGUUAUGAAGUCCGUUGAGAGCAACAGAGGAUCCUCUUUCAACACUCCUCUAUUAGCAAGAAAACCAAAAGCUGGCAUGUUGAAAGAAAAUGAAAACCCUAACAUGGUAACAAAUCCAUAUCAGGCCAUUGUCAUGGCCAGAAACUCUUUCAAGCAACAAGAAGAAACAACAAAGAUGCAGGGAGAAAUACAGAAACUGGAUGACGAAGUGAAGGAACUGACACGAAAGAAUGAGGAGGAAAAACUUACCAUCCAGGACUUGGAGUUGGUUCUGAUAAAAAGAAGACGGAGGGCUGAAAAGUGCAGGCGGCUAGCAGAAGCACAAUCCUCUUACAGAGCAAUGCUGGAGAAAAUGAUCCGAGACACUAUGCACCAGAGUGUGAUAUAUAAGGAGCAAGUGAGACUGAAUCAGGCUGCUAGUAAUGCUUUGAUGGCAAGACUUGAAGCUCAGAAAGCGAUAUGUGAUUCUUCUGAGAGAGAACUCCACAGAAAAUUUAAACACAGAGAUGAGCUAGAGGCUCUGACAAGGCCCGAGUGGGAGCAAGCAAGGAAGAGAUCAAGAAUGAGUGACGAUUCCUUUUCCCCAGAAAAGCAUGAAAAGGCAGUUUUGUAUUUACCAGGAAACAGACCAAGCACGCCUCAUAAGAAAAAAAUAAGUGCAUCUCCCUUGAGAGAGAGAAGAAGCCAUUCUGUAAACUGCUUGUCAGAAAUUACUAAGCCAGAGACCCCACACAAGGAACUAAGAGUGUUCUUGGAAGAGGAGCAAAAAGCAUCCGAAGCUAGUGGCUUAUUGACUAAUGAAGAAGAUGAAGAGAAUCAAGAGAUAGAGGAAGAGAAAGAAGAUCUCAACAAAGCUAUAGUUGCCUUGAGGGAUGGAGAAUCAAUUGACACAGAUCUUCAGAAAUUGAAUAUAGAAGAGGAUGGAAAGAUGCACAACUUCAAAAUUCCAGGUCUUCCUGAAUCACCAGGAGAGGAGGACGAAGAGAGAAGAAAACAGCAUGGUAAAGGGAACUUAGACAAGUGGCUUCAAAUUUUACUGGAUGAUUCAAAAGAGAGCAAUGACUUCCAAAAGGAUGAAAACAACAGUAAAACUGAUGAGAUUAUUAGGAAGCUGAAUCUCAAAUAUCCGACUAAGGAGGUUAAGACUCCAAAACUUUCAGAAACAAUUAAUGUAUUAAAGAUACAGAAGCAAGCAGAGAGUUCGGAUCAGAAUGAUGAUUGUCAUCAUCAUCAAGCAGCAGCUGGUGAGAGAAAAGGUUUCAUCAGUACUGAAGCUAAAAAAAUGCAAUUGAACACAAACCAACAACAGCAAACAAACAUCACCAGAACAGAGGCUGAUGGAAGAAGAGGAGAGGGAAAGGUAGAAGCAAAGAACACCUUUAUGCAUAACCCUCCACCUUAUUAUGUAGCAUCAAGAAAAAGUAGUUCAGAUGAGGCAAGUUUCAGGGGUAAAUUAACAACAGGAAGAGAUAGCACCAGCCUCGAGAGAAAAGAUAAAAGGGACAAGGGUAAAGGGCUUGCAAGAUCUGAGAGUUUUAGCAAAAGUUUUAGGAGAAGUCCAUCUUCUCCGUCUAUAAUCUUGGGUGGAAUGAGAAAAGGGGUCGAUUGUAUCAGGAAGAAGCCGUCAGUCAUAGGUGAUGAAGACAGGGAUGAUGAUGCCAACAACUAUUUCUUAAGAUCUUCUAUCAAGUCAAUCAAGAAAGCGGUCAAGAUAUAAGCCUGUGGAGUACAUUAUCAAACUUGCGAAUAUGAUUGGAAUUUGUUUAUUUUUUAUUCAAGUACAGUGUGCUGUUUGCUGAUAGUGAUACUCUUAUAACUGAAUAAGAGAGUGAGUUGCGGUGGUUGUGAGUGAUUUGUGUAUUAAGUCUGUUUGCUUCCAGACUUUGAAUAAUAAAUUUAUUUCAGAUU